AUGUCUGAAAAUAGGAUACGAAAAGAUAUUGAUGACACAUUAUUAGAGAAACUGUUAAGCUUUAUUAAAAGUGCCGGCAUAGUGACAGAAGGUAAAGAAAGUAAAAAAGAUUUCCUUGAAAAGUUAGUACAGGAAACAGAUGCUCUGCAGUUGAUAGAGAAAGCCUUAAACUCUGCUGGAGGACAGACUAAGGAUUUAUGUGAAUCAAUCGAAGUAUUUUGUAUUAAAAUGUUUGGAGCCAUAUUGGAAGUGGAAGAAUUAUUUGUUUCCUAUAAAAAUUCAUUGCUUCUGGAAUCCAUUUUUGUUAUCUGCAAGUAUACUGACAUUCCUACGUUGUCUACAUCAAUACUUGAUGCUCUUCUAGUAUUCUCGUUGUGUAUUGCUAAACAUGAUGAAGGAACUAAGUGGUCAUCGGAGCGAGUGUACAUGAUUUUGAACAGUGAGCUGAUUUUAACAUUGUAUAAGCAUUUGAUAUUCUUUUUGGAAAAAUUAUUUACAUUUGACUUUUUCAUAUGUGAUACUUUAAAUCUUCUGAAAAAGAUGACAGCUUUGACCUCAAAGAAUAGUUUUCAACUACCUGGUGAACUUAAAGAGAAGCUUACCCAGUUAUUAUGCAAGAAAUUGCUUGGUACCAGAGAAAGUAUUGUUGAAAGUGCUGUUAGUUUGGCUGCCCAAAUUAUUAAUGCAGAUUAUUCUGAUUGGCAAGAAAAUAUAUUCAAAUAUGACAUUUCCUCAAUUGUCUGGGAUUUAGCUGUUGAAGGAUCUUGUGAUGGAACAGUAAAAGCCACAGCUAUAAAUGCUAUAACAGAAAUAUGUAUGCAACCAACAUACUGGACGAAUAUCUCUUCUAUCAAAGGUGUUUCAGAGGUUGAUGUGGAAAAUAUUUUGCUCAUUUUUUCUUCUGAUCAAGAUUUUCUUGUCCAACGAGAAGCAUUAAACUGCCUAUUUAAAUGGGUAAGAACAAAAUGGAAUUCGGAAUCAAGCAGAAUGAAAUUGUUUGUCGUGUUGACAUUGGCGAUGAAGAGCCUAGAUUUAGACUUGAAAAUUGCAAGUUUGCAUGCCUGGCUGUGGUUACUUGAAAAUGAAAAGUAUUUUCCAAAAUUAUCUGAUGCAACUGAUACUGAAAAAUAUCUCAAGUUUCUAUCAGACUCGGGUUUUGGCUCUUCAGUACUACUCGCAAUUGAAGAUUCCGACGAGCCGGUUCAAUUUACAGCAGCUGAUAUCUUAAUGAAACUAAGAAAUAAAUUAUUAAGUCUGGGUAUUACGAAAAAUUACAAGCCUCGAGAAAAUCCAGUGGAGACUAGAAACAGUACAGAAGGUGCAACAUGUAAUGUUAAUAGGGUGAGCAAGGAAGAAAAAACUGCAGGGAUUGAUAGUGUGUUGAGUUUAACUACAGCUCAGCAAAUCGGCAACAUUACCAAAAUCACUGACAUUAAGCAAUUGUAUUCUUAUAAAGAUUAUGCUUUUGAUUUAACGAAAUCAAAAGAUGUGGCGUGUACUGUAAGUGCUUUAUGGACACGAAUCUGGUCCGAUUCUAUUGAUUCGAUCACGGAUAGCAUUGAAAAAACGGAUAAUAAUAACAUCACCUAUGCAUUAUCACUUCUGGAGGAUAUAAUUGCUUCUGAAGAACUUCUUUCUGAAUCUGAAGAUACUCCAGAUUGCUAUUAAACUCUGUUCAUGUACUUUCCAUUUUUGUAAUUUUUUUUUUUUAACACUGGAUAAGGAGAUUGUAAAUGAAAUAUUAAUGGCUUAUUAGCUAACUUAAAUACAUUAACUUCUAAAAAAUAAAUUAAGGGAUGCAGAUUUCUUAUGAAUUAUAUUUAACAGCAAUUGUAAUUAUUUCAUACAAAGCCAUCUAUAGUUGGGGCAAAUGUAACCUGCCUGCAGU